AUGGCUUUGGUUAGAAACAAUCGAUUCAUGAAUCUCAAGCUUUCUCUUCCACAAGCUCCUUCCACUUCCCUCCCUUGCUUCAUCCCCAUCGCAACAGCCUCCACAACAGUUACGUCCAACACAAGCAACACCGUCUCUGCUUCUGAUUUGGAGAGAGUCAACGUUCUAGGCUUUGGAAGCGGUGGAACCGUCUACAAAGUCAGCCACAAGACAACCUCCGCGACCUACGCGUUGAAGAAGGUCAAAGAAGACAUGGAUUCUACUUCCCGCCACCAACUCCUACGCGAGAUAGAGAUCCUCCGCCUUGUCAACUCUCCUUACGUUGUAAAGUGUCACGACAUCUACGAGAAACCUUCCGGAGAAGUAUCUAUUCUGAUGGAGUACAUGGACCUAGGCACGCUAGAGUCUCUACGUGGCAACGUCGUCAAAGAGGAACAGCUAGCUUUGAUCGCACGUCAAGUUUUGAAAGGGUUAAGUUACUUGCAUGGGCUCAAGAUUGUUCAUAGAGACAUCAAGCCAGCGAACCUGCUACGUAACUCGAGGCAAGAGGUCAAGAUCGCAGACUUUGGAGUGAGCAAGAUCAUGGUCAAGUCGUUAGACAAAAGCAACACGUUCACCGGCACGUGCGCCUAUAUGAGCCCCGAGAGAUUCGACAGUGAAGCUGCUGAUGUUUCGGAGGAAGACAAAUCAAACGUUUACGCUGGAGAUAUUUGGAGUUUUGGUCUGACCAUGCUGGAGAUCUUGGUCGGUCACUUCCCUCUGAUUCCUCAUGGAGAGAAACCAGAUUGGGCCACGCUUAUGUGCGCUGUGUGCUCUGGAGAAUCACCGAAAGCUCCUGAGGAAUGCUCUGAAGAGUUGAAGAGUUUUAUUGAUUGUUGUUUACGCAAGAAACCUAGCGAGAGAUGGACAGCUUCACAGCUUCUCAGCCACCCUUUUCUUCUCCAGCAAGAUUAG